ACAUCAGUUAUUCAGAAACGCCAAAUAUUUUAGGCCAAAGUCAAAAUUUGUAGUAAGACUUUUUCAAGUAAACCAACAAAAUUGUCCGUGUUUUAAUAGUACUAAAAUAAAAUGGGAGAUGUACGUUUCUCUGACAUCAGCGCCUCUUAUUACCCACCUUCGCUCAAGAUGGGGUUUAUAGGAGCGCAUCCGCCCUUGAAAUCGGAGGGUUACGAUCCGGGACGCGUAAGCUAUUUUCAGAAUUUCCGAAAUGAAAAUAUUUCAAAAAUGCAGAUGCCUCCGCAAGAAUGGGGAGUUAUAACGUCCCCAUAUACUCCCCAUCCUGAUAUAUCAAUUUUUAAGAAACCUUGCAAAUAUAACAGGUUUCCACUAUCUGAAAUUUCAAUGUUGGAUAAGGCACGGCAACAAGAAGUGGACGAUUUUUAUAUGGCUUGUCAGCUACAUAGAGACCAAUAUAAGGACCAUACAGGCUCACUACACCCUUUGGACUACUUUAAAACGUCGGAAGUUACGUAUCAAUGUCCUAAAGAUCCUUCCAGUGUUUACUUUAAGUAUCCUGAGUUUUAUACGAAAUAUAAAGAUCCCCUAGUGAUGCCGCUUACGUUGGAAAGAUCUUACCGUGCCCCGAUAUUACCAGAGCGAGCGCUCACUGGCGUUUAUAAUCGUACAAGCUUCAUAGGAAGAAAAUAAAACAAUAUUGUUAAGUAUUAAAUUUUUUAUAAUGUUAAUAACUAUUAAUAAAAAAUUAUUUUUUAUUA